GAGACUUUGUCUAGACACCUUCAGUAGUCUCCUCGUACCAGCAUAUCGACGCCGUGAUCGACGCCGGCUUGUGUACCUCGAUCCCUCAAGGUUUCGCGCGCGAUCGCUAGGUGAAUCAUAUACAUGAGUAGCUUGCUUGGAGACAGGCGUGCAUACGCAGCACUCGGGGCAGCCGCAGUAGCCAUUGCAACGUUGCCAACCAUAUACCUCGCGCUCAAGGCGACAUUCAAGAGCAAACGAGUCGAGGGCCAAUAUACCUCACGCGAAUUCGUCCUUGCGGCAGGCGCAGUGCCCUUCCAAUUCGAUGCUUUUGGCACCCCGAAGCGCGUUCUGCUCGCUCACCACGCACCACUCGGUGCGUGGCUUCUCUCCAAAGGGCGCAAGGACGAAGGCGAAGAUCUCGCUACUGCAGCAACGCGCGAAGUUUUCGAGGAAACCGGAUACCCAUGUCGUCUCCACCCUGUGCCAAAUCUCCCCACGUGUGCGCCACUCCCGGCUGAGCUUGUAGGGACAGACCCGCAGCCGCACUCCACUCGCAUCGCACUGAACAGCACGGAGCCGUUCAUGAUCACUCUCCGUCCUAUCGCUUUCGGCAUGCUCAAGCUUAAGCUCAUCUUCUGGUAUAUCGGCGCCGUCGACGUCCCGUAUGAUGAAGCCUCCGCUUCAAGCGAGAUGGGCGGAGUGCAGCCCGGAACUCACCAAAUCGCUGAAGGCUUUGAUGAAGUUCGGCUCUUUGACAUAGAAGAGGCCAUAGAAAAGCUGGCGUUCGAUGGGGACCGUGACCUCGUGCGCACUGCUGUCUCCUUCUUGACAGCGAAGCCGUAGUUUGUGUAUCGCAAUGUCGCGUUGACCUUGGAUAUACCCAUAUGCUGCUGUCUAUGAUUGGGACCACGUCUGAUAUCAUUAGCAGAGUCUAUAUGGUCGAAGACACUCCUCCAGAAGGCGUACAAUAUCCCUUGGCUCCGUGCAAUGGCGUUGUGCCGUUAGUGCGUAAACGACACUCUGUUUGCCUUUCAUUCGGCGUAAGCCUGAUCGCAUCAAAGG